AUGGAGAGGAGCGGCGGUACGCGGUGGCGGGAGAGGCUGGUGGUGCCGGCUGUUGCAGCGCUCCUCUUCGCGUCCGCGUUCGUGCAGUGCGUGGGCGCUGGCGACGGCGAGGAGGAGCCAGCGGAGCCGGGGAAGACGGCGCCGACGCUGCCGCCGGGGUGGAAAGGUGACUCCGGGUCCGGCCACGGGUCCAGCCCCGAAGGUUCUUGGAAUUACGGGUGGGGCUGGGCCGCUGGGCCUGGCGGCAAGGGCUCCGGGUUCGGGUUUGGUUACGGCGGCAGCAGAGGCGAAGGCUUUGGUGGUGGUGGCGGCGGAUAUCCUGGUGAUUUUGGCCAGGGUGGUGGCAGCUUUGGUGGCUCCGUUGGCGAUGAUACUGGUGGCUACAAUGGUGACGCGGGCGGCGGCGGAGACGGGGGUGGAUACGGUGGGGACUCCGGCGACGGCGAGGUCGGUGCAAACUGGAGCAAGCGCGGCCGGUUCGGCGGCGGCAAGGCACAGCAGAAGGACGGUGGCGGUAAGAACUGA